AUGACCGAGGUGGACAAGGAUCGUGAUAAUAGAAUAUCAAUGGAAGACUUUCGUAAAGCUGUGCAGGAAAAUGUCGCUUGGUUGCAGUUCUUGGGGCAAAUCCUUCCGUCGUACUCCCAAAAAGAGAUAUUUUUGCAAUUAUUCACUGAGCGACCAUACGUCAACAAUAUAGAAUCCACAGCUGCAGCGAUGACUCGACAAAACAGGGAGAGCAUUGCCUGGAAGACGUUGCGGACGACGACAAUUAGCGAAAACGAUACCACCUCUAGUAAUAGUGCGUCAUUUUCCAGAAAUUCUACUAAUUUGGUGGUCAAUCUUAAUAUGAGCCAUUUGAACAAAAGACCUCAAUUUCCACCCGAUAUUUGUCGAGUCAUCGCUGCAGCUGUGGAUUCUAUAUUGUUUACGUAUGGUCGCUCAGUGAAUAAUCGCGAAAAUAUCUCUUUUUGGGAGUACGACGGAAGGAUUUGCCCCAAGAACUGCAACCAUCAUCACUGCUAUCGGAUGGAAAUUAUUUAA